GAAAACUUCUGCUUGGGGUUUAUCUUUCCUUAAAAGGCUCUUCGUUGCUACACACGUGGAAGGUGUUAGCACGUCGUUACCGGCUAAAGAUCUGUUGUAGUUUGGUUUGGAUCUAAACUAAACAGAAGAUGACAACUGAGGACGUGGAGCGGCUGCUGAUCCAGUUUCAGGAUGAGAAUGGAGAGGUUCUGGGCUCACCUUUUGAUGUGCCUCUAGACAUCACUCCAGACAAACUACAGCUUGUCUGCAAUGCACUGCUGCAGAAGGACGAGCCGGUGCCACUGGCAUUCUUUGUGCGCGGAGAGGCUGAAGUGGUGUCCAGUCUGGGAUCAUGUGUUAAGGCUCUGGAGGUUGAGACUGAACAAGUUCUGCCAGUAGUGUACCAGCCUCAGGCCGUGUUCAGGGUUCGAGCUGUGUCCCGCUGUACCAGCACACUACAGGGACACACAGAAGCUGUCAUCUCCACUGCCUUCAGCCCCACUGGCAAAUAUCUGGCCAGCGGUUCAGGUGACACCACAGUACGGUUUUGGGACUUGACAACUGAGACACCACACCACACUGCCAGAGGACAUACACACUGGGUACUGAGCAUCGCCUGGUCACCUGAUGGCAAGAAGCUGGCUUCAGGGUGCAAGAACAGUCAAAUCUGUCUUUGGGAUCCAGUGACAGGUUCACAGAUUGGGAAGACCUUGACUGGACAUACAAAGUGGAUCACUUGGCUCUGCUGGGAACCUCUUCAUCUUAACCCAGAGUGUCGGUACCUGGCCAGUAGCUCCAAGGACGGCUCCAUACGUAUCUGGGACACUGUGUUGGGACGCUGUGAGAAGAUCCUAACUGGACACACUCAGUCAGUCACCUGUGUGAAAUGGGGAGGAGAUGGACUCCUUUACACUUCUUCCCAGGACAGGACAGUCAAAGUGUGGAGAGCAAAAGAUGGGGUCCAGUGCAGGACUCUGCAGGGCCAUGCACACUGGGUGAACACUCUGGCUCUCAGCACAGACUAUGUCCUGCGUACUGGAGCUUUUGAACCUGCAACUGCCACUAUCAACCCCCAGGAUCUCACUGGAUCAUUGGAUGAGCUAAAGGAGAAAGCCUUGCAGAGAUACAAUAAAGUCAUAGGUUCUGCUCCAGAGCGUUUGGUGUCUGGUUCAGAUGAUUUCACCUUGUUCCUGUGGAAUCCUGCACAAGAAAAGAAGCCUCUAGCCAGGAUGACCGGCCACAGUGCCCUGGUAAAUGAAGUGCUCUUCUCCCCAGACACCAGGCUGCUUGCUUCUGCCUCAUUCGACAAGUCCAUUAAAAUCUGGGAUGGACGCACUGGAAAGUACUUGAUGUCCCUGCGUGGCCAUGUGGGGUCUGUGUAUCAAGUGGCAUGGUCAGCAGAUAGCAGACUGCUUGUCAGUGGCAGCAGUGACAGCACACUUAAAGUGUGGGACGUAAAGACUGGAAAGCUUAACAUGGACCUCCCUGGUCAUGCUGACGAGGUUUAUGCUGUGGACUGGAGUCCUGAUGGACAGAGAGUGGCCAGUGGUGGGAAAGACAAAUGUCUCAGGAUAUGGCGAAGAUAGCCACAUGUCUGCUGUCUUUCCUGACGUUGGCAGAGGAUUUGACACCUUCUGCUCUCAAGAAGCCUGACAGCUGGAGUACAGGGUGACUAGACUGCAUCUAAUCACCCAUUUGUCUGUCAACAAUAGCAUUGUUUUGAGGAACUCAAGUCGGGCCAUGAUGCGACUUCCCUCUCUUGGUUUUAAUCCCAUGUGGGAAUAUUGCCAAUAUUAGUAUGUAAAACUGUUCAACUUAAUGGGACAUUUAAAAUGAGAGGCAUCCAUGUAUUGAGAUUAUUGCAGGUAGAGGGUGUAAUAUAUUAUGUAUUUCAGUAUUGGCAUCUGACUGAAACGGGUGGCCAUUCAUGCAUAUCAGGGGUUGUGACAUGCUUGUGUUGCAAUACCUAUGGGCACAAAACACUCACAAGGAUAUGUAUUUCUUAAAACGUAACCUAAGGCAGUGUGUAUAGGUUUCAGUUUUAGAAUGAAUUUCACGAAAUGAAGAGAGCUGCAUAUAUUUAAUCAUGAAUUGAUAGACUUAGCCAGAAUAUCAGCAAAACUUAACAGCAGGUUUGUCCCUUCAUUCACCUUAAGCCUUACUACAUGAACUAUAUACUGGAGGUGACAGGUGGGGCAGUAAGGCAACAGGUGGGAGUACUAAUACCUUCCUCUGUGAUGCUAAUGCCGACGGUGCUCGCCCCGCUCCUUCAGUCUUUAAUCUCCUCUGUCCUGCGGUCAGCAAAGCUUCAACCUGCUGAUUUUUCUGCGUCUGUAGUGACGCCAAGUGUCACCAGCACUUAGUCACAUCCCAUCGUGAAAAAAGUCCAUUCAUCAUUCCAGUAGCACCAGAAAAAUAAUUUUGGAUUACUUUCCAGAGAUCAGGUCACAUUUAACUGCUAUUAUAAGAAUCAACUUUAAGUGGUAAUUCAUGGCCUUAAGUAAGUUUUAGAGCUCUUAGUUUUUGCUCUGUAUUUGCUCAAAUCAACAGAUUUGUGUUAGAAGUCAACUUAAAAUAUGUAACAGCAAUUCUUGCUGUUUUGUCACUGUACAAAUAAAUAUCAUAAAAUUGUUUUAA